AGCAGGACGGACAGCAGGACGGACAGCAGGACAGACAGCAGGACAGACAGGAGGACAGACAGCAGGACAGACAGCAGGACAGACAGCAGGACAGACAGGAGGACAGACAGGAGGACAGACAGCAGGACAGGAGGACAGGAGGACUGCAGCCAGGUACCGGUACCACACAUCACAGAGGACUGUCCGUUGGGUCUGCAGGAGGGUUCCUGAAUCAGCCGAAUGAACAGAGCGACUGCAAAGCAUCUAAUUGAGCGCUACUUUCGGCAGUUAACAGACGGCUGUGGAAAUGGCGACUGCACGAAUGAGUUUUGCGCAUCGUGUAGUGACUUUCAACCUUUGGAUAACAAUUCAGCAGCCGCCAAAGCGCUCGAGCUGUUUAAGAUUAACGCCAAACUCUGUCACCCCUCCAAGAAAGACUCUCAUCUGGACAGUAAGAUGAGCGAGACGGACCUCUGUCCCGCCAAGGAGGACUUCUCAGAUGUUCAUUACCUCACAGAGAACACAGUAUGUAUGAUCCUGAGUUCCUGCGAGGAGAAAGGAGACUACUCUGCUCUGAUCCGCAUCGUCGGCAGGAUCUUCUCCAACGCCGAGGCCUUGAUGAAGAGCUUCAGGAAGGAUGAACCCGCCGCUACUGAGAACCUGGACUCUUCUGAACCAACAGAUGUGGACGAGCAGACCUCAGAGGAGAUGGGUGCUUCCUCUGCUCUACCAGACGAGGGUGUUAAUGAUGUGUUCGACCCGUGUGAGGUUAGCGUGGACCUCGGCGCCGUGAGGAGGGUCUACGACAGACUUCUGAGCCUCGACCAGGUCGAGGCCGCUCUCGUGAACGCCCUCAUUUACCUCACUCCAAACAUGGAGCUCGACCUGGAAUACCUUGACGUGUACGAAACAAACCCAGAUUACCUGAACAUCUUCAUCAUCGUGCUGGAGAACAGUAACCUCCACAGCCCCGAGUACCUGGAAGUGGCGUUGCCGCAGUUCUGCAAAGCGAUGAGCAAACUGCCAGUGACGGCGCUCGCCAGGCUGUCAAAGCUCUGGUCCGUGUACGGUCUGUCACACAUCCGCCGCAUGAUGGAGACCUUCCAGCAGCUCAUCACCUUCACGGUCGUCAGCAACGAAUACGACGGCGAGAAUCUGGUGAACGAUGACGAGACCGUGGUGGCUGCGACGCAGUGUUUAAAAGUUGCCUUCUACGCCAGUAUCCUGGGCGGCGAUGUGGACGUGGAGCACAACGAGGAGGACGAGGAAGACUCCGAGUCCGAUGAGCUCACCCUGCAUGAGCUGCUGGGUGAGGAGCGGCUCUAUAAGAAGGGUCCUCGGGUGGAUCCUCUGGAGAAAGAACUGGGUGUCAGACUGAUGGACAGCAUCAGACCCCUCAUCCCCUACGAGGACUUUGUUAACGAGUCACUCAACGAAGUGGUGGAGAUGGACAAGGACUUCACCUUCUUCAAGGUCAACGCCGAAACCAAGUUCUCGUUCCAAAGCUGCCCCUUCAUCCUGAACGUCAUCACCAAGAACCAAGGGCUGUACUACGACAACAGGAUCAGGAUGUACAGCGAGCGGCGCCUCACGGCCCUCUACAGCAUGGUGCAGGGCCAGGAGCCCAACCCCUACCUGAAGCUCAAAGUACGCCGAGACCACAUCAUCGACGACGCCCUCGUCAGACUGGAGAUGAUCUCCAUGGAGAACCCGUCCGACCUCAAGAAGCAGCUGUUUGUUGAGUUCGAGGGCGAGCAAGGUGUCGACGAGGGAGGCGUCUCUAAAGAGUUCUUCCAGUUGGUCCUGGAGGAGAUUUUCAAUCCCGACAUUGGAAUGUUCAGCUACGACGACGACACAAAACUCUUUUGGUUUAAUUCGUCCUCGCUGGAGAACGAGGCGCAGUACACUCUGGUCGGACUCGUCCUGGGGCUCGCCAUUUACAACAACUGCAUCCUGGACGUGCACUUCCCCAUGGUCGUCUACAGGAAGCUCAUGGGCAAGAAGGGGACCUACUUGGACCUGUCAGACUCACAUCCAGCUCUCUACCAGAGUCUGAAGGAGCUGCUGGACUACAGCGGCGACGUGGAGGAAGACAUGAUGCUCACCUUCCAGAUAUCACACACAGACCUGUUUGGAAACCCCAUGUUACACGACUUAAAGGAGGAGGGAGACCAGAUCCCCAUUACCAAGGAGAACAGACAGGAGUUUGUGGACACGUACGCUGAGUACGUCCUGAACAAGGGCGUGGAGAGACAAUUCAAAGCCUUCAAGAAAGGUUUCCUGAUGGUCACCAACGAGUCCCCGCUGAAAUAUCUGUUCAGACCCGAGGAAGUGGAGCUGCUUAUCUGUGGGAGCAGGAAGCUGGACUUUGAAGCGCUUGAAAAGACGACAGAAUACGAUGGAGGUUACAGCAAAGACAGUCAGAUCAUCAAAGACUUCUGGGAAACCAUUCACUCGUUUGCAGAAGAGCAGAAGAGGUUGUUUCUUCAGUUCACCACCGGCACAGACAGAGCGCCGGUCGGAGGCCUCGCCAAGUUAAAGAUGAUCAUCGCCAAGAAUGGCUCCGACACAGACAGACUACCGACGUCUCACACCUGCUUCAACGCUCUGCUGCUCCCUGAAUACUCCUCCAAGGACAAACUGAGGGAGAGACUCCUCAAGGCCAUCACAUACGCCAAAGGAUUCGGGAUGCUGUGACACACACAAAGUGUUGGGACUCGGCAUUUUAACAAUAAAAAAGGGAG